AUGGCGACGAAGGCUCACGCACUUUCCUAUGACAGCACUGGUUCAUCUGUACUCGCUCAGUUUCCACUUCCCAUCUCCCUGGCUUCACCGGUGCUUACUUCAGUGAUCUCACUGGCCGAUAGGCCGCUCAUUGCGUACUCCGUCUUCAUUCCUCCGCCAUCUACGAAUUCAUCUGAUCAUCUCAACUGCAUCGAGCUCGCGCGCAGAACAAUCAUAUCACGAAACGGCCAGUCUACAGUGCUGGACUCUCUUUUACCCAGUGUUUACAUCGCCAAGGACAUCUGUAGGCUCUAUGUCUUUGCAUUUAGUUAUAGUGACAAUAUUUCCGCGUCACAUACUGCCCUCGCAGCUUUGCAGUUUGAUGCAUUGAUAUUGACUGAGUCAGCAACUUUCACACCGUCCACCAUCUAUCCGUGCUCAGUUGCGUGCUCUGAGCAUGCAAUUCCGUGCCCCGAUUGCUUGGAUCAUUCCCAGACAGCGAAAACGCCAGCGCAACUUUUUCCACGAAAUUCUCUCCGUACACCUGUUCAUCAGUUCCUCCAAGCUGUUCGCGAAAGAUUGAUUGACGAUAUAGCAGCAGCGUCCAAUUCAGGCCGUCCCGCGAUGCGCUUGAAAGACGGGUUUCUUCUCGGUCCUACCUCCGCCUCCUCAGAAUGGGGUGCCGGAUGGGAUCAGCCUGCGCGUAUGAGACCACUCAUAUACUGCCAUAUCCUGGUGCACCUUUCCCAGAUGCCGGCACGCUUGACCAUUCAUCCCAUUCUACGGCCCACAUAUUACGUGCCCUUGUGCAGCUCCUUGCCUCUUCCGUCUGGAACUCCUAUAUCGCUCCUUCCGCAUGGUGUGCCUGGUUAUUAUUUGAGCUCCUACGCCGGUCCUACGGCUGCACUGACUUCUCAGUUUGACGAAGCACUCAUUGGUCUAGGUGCAGGAAAUUGGAAGUAUACGCCUUCCAGUAAUAUAGGUACUUCAGCGAAGAAGGAUUUUCCGGUGUAUAUCAUUGCAUGGAUAUCUGUCCAGAACAAGCAAGGAGAGGAUAAAGGUAUGCCAGUCAUCUGGCCCGUACGGCUUUGUCUUGCGUACCAUUCAAGUUCGCCAUCACCUCAUGCUCGCAUGCCGCUUCAGCAGACGCCUGAGCUACCGGCCCAAUUGCAAGCCUCGCCUCCUCCUCCCGCAGCCCCAAUACCUUCCGGUGGACCUAGUUCAUCCUCGUUUCUGUCUUCAUCAGAUGCUAAGACCCGCUCGAGCACACCCCAUCCUCUGUUAAGCACGCUUCGUCAUCCUCCCACUCUCAUUUCGUCUCCUUCGAGCGAUGCUGUUCGCGCGUUCAGUACUCUGACAUUCACGACGAAGCCUCAUGUGAGAGACUUCCGGCAGGUUGCUGCGGAGGUGAGUAACUAUGUUGAUGCAGUAGCCAAGGAAAGGGAGCGCGAACGAGAACGAAUCAAGAGGGAGAGAGAAAUUGGGAGUACCAGAACGAGAGCCGGAAGUACCAGUACGGCGGGCGCUGUUCCGAGCGUGCCACCAUCGUCUGUACCACCUGCACCCAGAUCCCCGAAGGUCGAGGAAGCUCCUACCCCUGCGAUUGCCGUCGCCCCUCAGCCUCCGGCGGACGAGGCUAUGGUAGAUCAGGAGACUGAGCCUGCAAUAUCGUCUGAGGAUUCUCUCGAAUCGCUUUUCUCUCCUCCACCGUCGGCCUCAGACCUUCCGGAGUCGGAUGAUGCAAUUCAGUUUGCUGCACAAGCAGUAACUGAUACAACUUCCUCAGUUCCCGAGGAGCCAGUGCCAUCUGUAACCCCGCGACAAGAAACCGAGCCAUCUGCGACGUCUUCGUUCGAUCCCUUCGGCACGUUCGAUGCAACCUGGUCCCAGCCUUCCAACGGGUUCCUGGAAAUGAACAUAGACAACAUAGACUACGACAUGGGUUUCAGUGGCAUGAACAUCGAUUCGAUAGGCGGCGAACGCAAUGGCGAUGAGGCUGCAGGCGACUUUGACAAGGACGACGGAUUCGGCAUCUUCACUGAUGACGACUUCGAUUUCUUCGACACGCCGGCAGCGAAUGCUCGUUCAGUGGGUACUGUGCCAGUUACUAGCGCGAUGGAUAUGGGCAUGGGCCAUACUGUGGCUGCAGGUCCUGCACCUCUUGGUCUUCCACCUCUUGGUCUUCCACCUCCUCUCGCGGGCGAUGGUAUACUUUUUUCCGGCCCUGGUCCUCCUGCUGCUGUAUCCAACCAGUCGUCGCCCUGGGUCGUCGGUUCUCCUAUCGAAGGAUUCACCCCUCGUGGUAGCGAUUUUCACCGUCGUGGGGAUUACAUCUCAGCUCCCCCAGAUUUGGUCCCCCCAACUCCGACGAGGACGCCAUCAACCCAGUCUGCUCCUGUGACCCCUUCAGUGCAGCUGUCCGAUCAGGACGAUCCUCGACAGUACGAAGGCUGCGGUCCGAGUGUGUUUGACCCCAUUCCCUUCGCACUGAGUCAUAGACUAGCUGACGGCAAAUACGCCAUUGGAAAGUUUGCACUGCCUAGUCCACCUGACGAGGAGGACCGUACGGAGCCUAUAGUCUUUGCGUCGGUGCCAUCAUGGGCGAGUGGAUGGAAGCUCAAGUAUACAGAGGCUACGGAUCCACGCAUCGGAAUUGUGCGCAAACUAAUUGGAGUGAAAAGGAAGAGCUUCGACCAGGGCAUGCGAGAUGGGAAGAUGUCUCCAUCAUGGGUCACGGAGCACGAAGAGUGGGAGAGCAGUUCACCGUCACCGGAUGUUGAAAUGGCGGACGCCACCUCGGAUGUAUCUGAAGACGAGGAGCCGUGGGUGGAAGAAGACGAUGCGAUGACUGCACGCCCUUCUACACCUCCCCCGUCGUACCUUCCCAUGGGCCCCGUCUUACUUCAGACCCAGUUCCAUCAUUCUCAUUUACUCCCUCUAUGCUCGCCGCUCCGACCUUCGGGGGCAGCGGUCAAUAACCUCACCGCCAGCACCCCGCCUAUGUCAGUGCCUACUCCAGUCUCCCCAGCUGCCGUGCUCGGCGCCGCAUCAGAGAAGUCCAAAUCUCUUGAGGCGGCGGCGCAGUUACUCAUGAAGGAAGCUGUCGAGAACAGUGCGUGGGCCGAUGCCUGGCAACUCAAUGCCGUAGCGUCUGUAGCCUCGGCCAGUCCGCCAACGCAGGUGUGGCAGGCUGAUGUAAAGUAUGUAAGCUGGCUUCUGGGUAGCAUUUCCUCUGCGCAGUCAAGUGUCAAUGUUGAACAGCUUGUAGUUCCGCAUUGUAAAACUGAGCACCAUUCUCAAGUUUUGCUUCGGUUGUUGGAACCUCCCAUGUUUGCGGUGGGGAAGUCUGAUUCUGUGGUGCAAGUUUUACCAACUGCGGUGCGAUUUUGGGAAAAGCUAGGUCUUGGUCCUCGGUCUGGCAAGAAAGACGUGAUUGUAUACGUGUUCUUCGAGGGUGGAGGGGACGAAAGAGAAAGCGAGAUUGCACAGUGGCUUGACAUAGUCUCAGCAGCGUAUUCGGCAAAGAACUAUGGGAAACACGCUGCCGGUAAUUCAGACAGCUGUACAAGAGCUGGCCUUGUCCCGGUGCGACUUGAUGCUGUAAAGAAGAUGCUAGUAAAUUUUGUCGCUACUCUCCCCCUGUCAGCACUCUCUUCUAGUCUCGUCUUCUAUUUCAUUGUUCCUCCUGCCAUGAUAUCGCUUUCAUCUCAGCCCCUUCGACACCUCUUCUCCGCCAUGAAGCGUACUACGAAGACGCAUAUCGAUGCCCAGAUCCUCUUCCAUUUCGUCCCCGAGCCGCUCACAACGGCUAUUCACUCUGACCCGUGCACCAGCCGCGCCGAACUUGAGCAUUUUGUUGACAGUGUGUACGAUCGCGUACUCCAGCCAAUUGAACGAAUGAUGUCCCGAAAAUUGUUCACGCACGGAACACGUACACGGGCUUACUUCCAUGCACCCGCUUUUUCACUCGUUCGUUCACGUCCUUCCACACGCCCGUCACUUGUCGGAGAAUUAGGCCAUGCAGCACAUGUGACUUUCGCGCUCGAGCCGCAUCCACUCUCUCUGGAUGUUGUUGAUCGAUACACGUUGUUGCACGUUGGGUACAGGAUAACGCCUUGUGGGCGGUGGCUCCUUGCCGCGUGUAUAGAUGCACGAGGCGAAGAGCAUGAACUAGGUGCUUGGUUAUUACCUGGAGAAGCGGUGGAGACAUAUGUAGUGAAUCAAGUGUGGGCAUUCGUUCACACAUUCUCCAUUAGGGCCAACGUAGAGUGGAGGAUAGUCGUGGCGAAGAUGGGUGCUAUGAGUUCGACCGAACUCAACGCUUGGACCACCCAACUCGAUAUAGCAACUUCUGUCUCGACCGAGCAUCCCGCAUUACAUGUUACGCUGCUCUCGAUCGAGCACGAACUUCCUUGGACUUUCCUUGGCCCCACUUCCAAUGACAGUAUGAAACGCAUCAUGUCUCCGUCUCCGACAACCUCCACGCGCGUCUCUGCACGAAUCCCCUCCGCUCAGCGUGUAUUCCUCUCCCGGGUAGUAUAUCCUCCCCGGAACACGUCCCUGGUUCCGCCGAUGCAUCUUUCAUCCCAGAUUGUGAAGACGAUGAGCCAUCACUACAACAUCAUCCCAGUAUGUUGGCUCGGCGAAUCAGUGCACUAA